AUGACGUCCGCAGCGCAUGUCCGUGCGAAGGCAACACGUCGAAGCUUCUGGCAACUUGCGGGUGUUAGUACUUUACUCGUGGGGUCUACUGGCGGCGGCCUGUUUCUGUACUACCGUUAUGCGCGGUUGCCGGAGCAGUGGCGUGUAGCGCGGCUCUCGAGGAUGCAACCACCGGUUCGCCGCACACGGCCGUUCGUCGCCGGAACCAACAACCGCGGCAAUGAAAAUAUCAAUCCGUGUGAUGGUUAUGGCUUCUCCAAUGAGUUGUUAUUGACUGGGGAACCGCUAUGGGGAAUUUCCGCUGUGUAUUUCUACGGCCUCGUUUUACUCCGUUCAGUGAUGCUCCUGACGCGCAUGGUUCCGGUGAUUUGGUAUGCGUUCCUGACAUAUGGCCUACAUCUGUGCGGGGAGCAAGUUCUUUUUGAGAAGCUGCGGGAUGCGUUGACGGCGAUGGGGCCAAGUUACAUCAAGUUUGGGCAAUGGAUGGCGACGCGGCCAGACUUUUUUCCUCCAACUCUCUGUACUGCGCUGGAAAAGCUGUACGAUCAAACUUCCGCCCACAGUUGGUCCCACACGGAGAAGGUUUUACGUCGCACUCUGCAUGAGGCAACACCGUCCGAUGGUCUUAUCGAAGACAAUGGCAUGACGUCAUUACCGGAUGUGGUCGAGACCACAAAGACGAGGUGCAAGCAGGUGGCAAUGAAGCAGCGACACAACGCGCUGUAUUAUUUACAAGAAAUUGAAACCGUGCCUGUCAACAGCGGCAGCAUCGCACAGAUUCACCGUGGAGUACUGCGUGAGGAAGUUGAUGGAAUUCCUGCGGGCACGGAAAUGGCAAUUAAGGUCACGCAUCCUCGUAUUCGUGAGCACAUCGCUGCGGAUGUCACGGGGAUGCGUUGGUUUGUGAAUAUUCUCACAUUCCUUUGGCCCAGCACCGUCUACUUUGACCUGAAGAGGAGUGUUCAGGAGUUUUCUUCCUUUGUGCAGUCCCAGCUUGACCUCCGGCAGGAGUGCGAUAACCUGCAGCAGUUCAUAUUCAACUUCCGUGACUUUCCCGGCGUCAUCUUUCCCAGGCCGCUGCCCUCACUCUGCUCGCAGGACGUUCUGAUUGAGACGUUUGAAGAAGGUGAGCCAUUGCAGGGGAUUCAGAGUGGCGACAACUAUUAUGAUCUUGCCGAGCGGGGGUGUCAUAUGUUUCUUAAGAUGCUCUUUGAAGAUAAUUUUGUGCACUCCGACCUUCACCCGGGAAACUUGCUGCUUCGGACAAAUCCAGGGGCUCCCGUUAGCAGCGUAUCCGCAUCCCUUUUAUUGCCUUCCGCCGAUGCCUACUACCCAGAUGGGAAGAUGAAACUCCUGCAUGAGCUCGUUGUGCUUGACACAGGGCUUGUGUCGACGUUGUCAAAGAAGGAACGGAAUAACUUCAUUGCACUCUUUGCGGCGGUGGCAUGUGGAGACGGCAAACUUGCUUCGGACCUCAUGAUCGAUCGUAUGCCAAAGCAAAGAAGGCCUCAAAGUGGAGUGAAACGUGAAAAGUUUCGUAACGACAUGCAGGCGAUCUUUGACAUUGUUCCGCCGGGAAAAUCGGAAGGCUUUAAAUUGAGCAAGGUCCGCAUAGGCCCCGUGUUGGCUAAAAUUAUGAACACGGUGCGAGAGAAUAAAACACCUAUCGAUGGCAACUUUGCCUCACUUGUACUCACCGUGAUAGUGGGGGAGGGACUUGGAAGGAGGCUGGCGCCAGACUUCAAUAUAUUUAGCGAGGCCGCGCCGUAUUUGGUGGCACUGUUGGAGGAUAGUGAGCUGUACUUUCUUGCCUCAAAACUGCGGGAGACGUACGGCACCCCAGCGUUGCUACGCGACUCUGUACAUUUCGUGAGGCCUGAGCGCACGGCAACCUACGCGGAGAUGGGCGUUAAAAAGGUGGUCAAGACAAUGGGGCAUAUGUGGCGACGGUUGACAGGAGAGGCCACAGACAGCGAUAUGGCUACUGUGGAAAAGUGA